AUGCCCAAGUCUCAACCAAUCGAAAGGCAGAUCAUAUUCCGGAAUGGCGUGCGAAGCGGCAUUGGUCUCGCCGCCGCCUUCUUCAUCCUAUAUGCCUUCGUGCCCAUCCCAGUCCCGCCCCUUCCCAGAAUGAUUGACAGGCUGGUGUACACGCUCCGCCUCCAGAGCUUCUCGGUGCUCACGUUGAUUGGCGGGGUCCUGAUCGUGUCCCUGCAGCGCUACUUCACCAUCGCCGUGGACCCAAUCAACGGGCGGGGCGAGCACCACGUGGCUGUCAGCACUCGCUACCUCACCAACACCGUGGAGCAGUUCCUCAUCAGCUUUGUGGGACAGAUGGUCCUCACCACCUACCUACCGGAGAGACAGAUGAAAGUCAUCCCCAUCCUCGUCGCUUUCUUCGUCUUCGGCCGCGUCUCCUUCUACCUGGGCUACCGGAAGUCCUACCUCAACCGGACCCUGGGCUACGUGGCCACGUUCGGCGUCAGCGCGGUCUUGUGGCUGUUCCUCACGUGUCUUGUGGUGUCCAGUCUAUUCACGUGA